GACUAGACUCCCAGGUGGUAGCAGACAACUAUAUGUUCGAAGUGGUCAAGGAGUUCACAUACCUUGGCACUGCCAUCAACACCAAAAAUGACGUCAGCCUGGAGAUCAAGCGAAGAAUCACACUUGCCAAUAGGUGCUACUUUGGUCUGAGUAGGCAAAUGUGCAAUAGAGACCUCUCUCGCCGAACAAAAUUAGCACUCUACAAGACACUCAUACUACCCGUGCUCUUAUAUGGCGCAGAAGCAUGGGUAGUGUCAAUGACAGAUGCAGCAGCGCUUGGAGUGUUCGAGAGGAAAAUUCUUCGCAAGAUCUUCGGUCCCGUUCGGAUUGGGGACGACUUUCGCAUUCGGAUGAACCACGAGCUGUACGAGUUGUACGACGACGUGGACGUGGACCAAGUAGAGCAGGACCUUAAUCUGCUGGGAAUUUCCAAUUGGAGGAGGCGCGCGAAGAGCAGAGGCGCCUGGAGGGAGACGCUGAGGUCGGCCAAAACCCGAAAUGGGUUGUAGUGCCACC